AUGCGCUGGACAGAGGACAACAAGGAGACCCUCCUCCGCCUCAUCUUCGAGACCCAGAGCUUUGUAAUCGAACUGGACAAGAUAGCCGACGCAUGGCCGGGCGACGAAAAGCCCACCACCAAGGCCCUUAGCGAACAGCUGGGCAAGUACCGCAAGCCCGGAUGCUCCGUUACCUUCAGCGCCGUCAAAAAGGGCAAGGGGGGCGGUGCUGAAUCGGCGCCCGUGACUCCUCGAAAGAGACGCAAGAGUGCCAAAGCAAAGUCGUCUCCCGUUGCUGAGAGUGAAGGCGAUGAUCAGUCCGCUGACGCUUGA